UAAAUUACAUUUCUACCCCUUGUCUGCAGGUCCCAAGACAACAUGUACCAGCCAUCCAGGCCUGACACUGGCAGGAAGUAGAAGGCUUCGGUGUCUCUUGUGCCCACACCCUCAUCAUGUCUUCGAUUCAGGGCAAUGGGGAACACUGGAAGUCCCUGGAGUCGGUGGGCAUCAGCCGCAAAGAACUGGCUAUGGCUGAAGCCCUGCAGAUGGAGUAUGAUGCUCUUUCCCGGCUCCGACAUCACAAGGAGGAGAGCAGGGCCAAGCAGAACACAGAGCCCUCUCUCAUCAGCUGGGAAGAGCCAGCCUUGGACUUCUACAACAAGCCAGCAGGCAGGCGGACAGACCUCAAGCUCUUGCGUGGCCUUUCUGGCUCUGAUCCUACCCUGAAUUACAACUCCAUCUCCCCACCAGAAGAGCUCUCCAACUCUACCUCCCAAGAUCCCCAGCCUGGCCCAGAUCCCUGGCCCAAGGGCUCCCUGCCUGGAGACUAUCUCUAUAUUUUUGAUGGCUCAGAUGGGAGGCUCUCCUUGUCUCCAGGAUCAGGUGACACAGAUGGCUCUUGCAAGAAGUUAUCCCCACCUCCUCUGCCUCCUCGGGUCUCUAUCUGGGAUGCCCCUCCCUUGCCUCCCAGAAAGGGGUCCCCCUCACCCUCCAAGAUCCCUCAGCCUAAUGACAUCAACAGUUUUUCUUUGGUGGAACAGCCACCUGACAAACUAUUAGGGCCCCAGGACCCAGAAGAGGAAGAGCUACCUGAUGGUGGAGGACAGCGACAUAUGCUGGGAUCUGUGGACUAUGAUGGCAUUAAUGAUGCAAUUACAAGGCUCAACUUGAAGUCAACUUAUGAUUCUGAAAUAUUGUCUGAUGCUACGAAGGGCUGGAAGGAGGGUCGGGGGCCCCUGGACUUCAACAAGGACACCUCUGGAAAACCUGUGGCCCGGAGCAAGACGAUGCCCCCUCAGGUGCCCCCCCGAACCUAUACUUCCCGAUAUGCCAACAGAAAAAACGCAACACCUGGCAAGAACCGCCGGAUUUCUGCUGCUCCGGUGGGCUCCCGGCCCCACACCACCGCCAGUGGCCACGAAUUGUUUGAGGUCUCAGAGGAGAGAGAUGAGGAAGUUGCUGCAUUUUGCCACAUGCUGGAUAUCCUUCGGACAGGCUCUGACAUCCAGGACUACUCCCUAACUGGAUAUGUCUGGAGCGCUGUCACCCCGAGCCCAGAGCAUCUUGGGGAUGAAGUCAACCUGAAGGUGACUGUGUUGUGUGACAGUCUUCGGGAGCCACUCACUUUUACCUGCAACUGCUCCUCUACUGUGGACUUGCUCAUUUACCAGACCCUCUGCUACACCCACGAUGAACUGAGGGAAGUGGAUGUGGGGGACUUUGUGCUGAAGCCCUGUGGGCUGGAGGAAUUCCUACAAAAUAAGCAUGCCUUGGGCAGCCAUGAGUAUAUCCAAUAUUGCCGCAAGUUUGACAUUAACAUCCGACUACAGCUGAUGGAGCAGAAAGCCAUACGGAGUGACCUGGCCCGGACGGUAAAUGAUGACCAGAGCCCUUCCACCUUGAACUACCUCAUCCAUCUCCAAGAGAGGCCAGUCAAGCAGACCAUCAGCAGGCAGGCCUUGAGUCUUCUGUUUGACACUUACCACAAUGAGGUGGAUGCCUUCCUGCUGGCUGAUGGGGAUUUCCCGCUGAAGGCGGACAGGGUGGUCCAGUCUGUCAAGGCCAUCUGCAAUGCCCUGGCUGCCGUGGAGACUCCUGAGAUCACCAGUGCUCUCAACCAGCUGCCUCCCUGCCCUUCACGCAUGCAGCCAAAAAUCCAGAAGGAUCCCAGUGUGUUGGCUGUGAGGGAAAACCGAGAGAAGGUGGUAGAAGCCUUGACAGCAGCCAUCUUGGACUUGGUGGAGCUGUACUGCAAUACAUUCAAUGCAGACUUCCAGACGGCAGUGCCUGGCAGUCGAAAGCAUGAUUUGGUUCAAGAGGCCUGCCAUUUCUCUGGGGCUCUGGCCUUCACUGUCUAUGCCACUCACCGCAUUCCCAUCAUCUGGGCUACCAGCUAUGAAGAUUUCUACCUCUCCUGUUCCCUCAGCCAUGGAGGCAAGGAACUAUGCAGUCCCCUGCAGACCCGACGGGCUCACUUCUCCAAGUAUUUGUUCCACCUCAUCAUCUGGGACCAGCAGAUCUGCUUUCCAGUGCAGGUGAACAGGCUGCCUCGGGAGACCCUGCUGUGUGCAACACUCUAUGCUCUGCCCAUUCCGCCUCCUGGGAGUUCCUCUGAAGCCAACAAGCAGAGACGGGUGCCUGAGGCUCUGGGCUGGGUCACUACCCCUCUCUUCAACUUCAGGCAAGUCUUGACCUGUGGCCGCAAGCUUCUGGGCUUGUGGCCAGCAACACAGGAAAACUCCAGUGCCCGUUGGAGUGCACCUAAUUUCCACCAGCCAGACAGUGUCAUCCUGCAGAUUGACUUCCCCACCUCGGCCUUUGACAUCAAGUUCACCAGCCCCCCUGGAGACAAGUUCAGCCCCCGCUAUGAGUUUGGCAGCCUCCGGGAGGAGGACCAACGCAAGCUUAAAGACAUCACGCAGAAGGAGUCCCUAUACUGGCUCACCGACGCUGACAAGAAGCACCUGUGGGAGAAACGCUAUUACUGCCACUCCGAGGUGAGCUCACUGCCCCUGGUACUCGCCAGUGCACCCAGCUGGGAGUGGGCUUGCCUGCCCGACAUCUAUGCUCUCCUGAAGCAGUGGACACACAUGAACCACCAGGAUGCCCUGGGGCUCCUGCAUGCCACCUUCCCGGACCAGGAGGUGCGGCGGAUGGCCGUGCAGUGGAUUGGCUCCCUCUCAGAUGCAGAACUGCUGGACUACCUGCCCCAGCUAGUACAGGCCCUGAAGUAUGAGUGCUACCUGGAUAGCCCCUUGGUGCGCUUUCUCCUGAAGCGAGCCAUCUCUGACCUGAGAGUGACCCACUACUUCUUCUGGCUACUGAAGGAUAGCCUCAAGGACUCUCAGUUCAGCAUCCGCUACCAAUACCUGCUGGCAGCCCUGCUAUGCUGCUGUGGCAAGGGACUAAGGGAGGAGUUUAACCGCCAGUGCUGGCUUGUCAAUACCCUGGCCAAACUGGCCCAGCAGGUCCGAGAGGCCACCCCAUCUGCACGCCAGGGCAUCCUUCGAAAUGGCUUGGAGGAGGUGAGGCAGUUCUUUGCCCUCAAUGGUUCGUGCCGUCUGCCACUUAGCCCCAGUCUGCUGGUGAAGGGUAUCGUGCCCAGGGACUGUUCCUACUUCAAUUCCAACGCAGUCCCCCUCAAACUCGCCUUCCAAAAUGUGGAUCCCCUGGGCGAGAACAUCCGGGUCAUCUUCAAGUGCGGGGACGACCUUCGCCAGGACAUGCUCACCUUGCAGAUGAUUCGAAUCAUGAGCAAGAUCUGGGUGCAGGAGGGGCUGGAUAUGCGCAUGGUCAUUUUCCGCUGCUUCUCCACCGGCCGAGGGAGAGGGAUGGUAGAGAUGAUACCCAACGCUGAGACACUGCGCAAGAUCCAGGUGGAGCACGGGGUGACUGGCUCCUUCAAGGACCGCCCCCUGGCUGACUGGCUACAGAAACACAACCCUGGAGAGGAUGAAUAUGAAAAGGCUGUGGAGAACUUCAUCUACUCCUGUGCUGGCUGCUGUGUGGCUACAUACAUCCUGGGCAUCUGUGACAGACACAAUGACAACAUCAUGCUGAAGACCACCGGACACAUGUUCCAUAUAGAUUUUGGCCGCUUCCUGGGCCACGCGCAGAUGUUUGGCAAUAUCAAGAGGGACCGUGCCCCCUUUGUCUUCACCUCGGACAUGGCGUAUGUCAUCAACGGGGGUGACAAGCCUUCCAGCCGGUUCCAUGAUUUUGUUGACCUUUGCUGCCAAGCCUACAACCUCAUCCGCAAGCACACCCACCUCUUCCUCAACCUUCUGGGCCUGAUGUUGUCCUGUGGAAUCCCUGAGCUCUCCGACCUGGAGGACCUCAAGUAUGUGUAUGAUGCCCUGAGGCCUCAGGACACAGAGGCCAAUGCCACCACAUACUUCACAAGGUUGAUUGAGUCCAGCCUGGGCAGCGUAGCCACGAAACUCAACUUCUUCAUCCAUAACCUGGCUCAGAUGAAGUUCACAGGCUCAGAUGAUCGGCUGACCCUUUCCUUCGCGCCCCGAACACAUACUCUCAAGAGCUCUGGCCACAUCACUGAUGUUUUUCUCUGCCGUCGUGAGAAAGUUUUCCACCCCAGCAAGGGCUAUAUAUAUGUGGUGAAGGUGAUGCGAGAGAAUGCUCAUGAGGCAACUUACAUCCAGAGGACCUUUGAGGAGUUCCAGGAACUACACAAUAAGCUGCGCCUGCUCUUCCCGUCUUCCUUCCUGCCCAGCUUUCCUAGUCGCUUUGUGAUUGGCCGCUCCCGGGGAGAGGCAGUGGCUGAGCGGAGGAAAGAGGAACUAAAUGGCUACAUCUGGCACUUGAUUCAUGCAGCCCCAGAGGUGGCUGAGUGUGAUCUAGUAUAUACCUUCUUCCACCCCCUGCCUCGGGAUGAAAAGGCUUCAGGCACCAGCCCAGCUCCAAAGUCCUCAGAUGGGACAUGGGCCCGGCCCAUUGGGAAGGUCGGUGGGGAGGUGAAGCUGUCCAUCUCCUACAAAAACAACAAACUCUUCAUCAUGGUGAUGUAUAUUCGGGGCUUGCAGCCGCUCCAAGAUGGGAAUGACCCUGAUCCCUAUGUAAAGAUUUACCUCCUUCCUGACCCUCAGAAGACCACAAAGAGGAAAACGAAAGUGGCCCGGAAAACCUGUAACCCUACCUACAAUGAGAUGUUGGUGUAUGAUGGGAUCCCCAAGGGAGACCUGCAGCAGCGGGAGCUCCAGCUGAGCGUGCUAAGUGAGCAAGGAUUUUGGGAGAACGUACUCCUUGGCGAGGUGCACAUCCGCCUUCGGGAGCUGGACCUGGCCCAGGAGAAGACUGGCUGGUUUGCCCUGGGAUCUCGAGGUCACGGAACCUUAUGAGCCCAGUCAUGGACCAGACCCGCUGCUGCUGCCCAGAGCUAGGGAAGAAGUCUCUCCCCUGCAGCUCCUUUGCUGGGAAGGGGCAGAGCCAUGGGUGGCCUUCCCCAUGAUCUAGGUGAACCUGAUCUCGGCGAGGGGCUGCAAGAGUCCAGUGCUCUCCGCUGCCCCUUCCUCAGCCGAAUGCACUCGGGUUGGUUGUGGGGAACAGCCCCUUGGAAGUCGUGGGGUUUCAGCAGAGUUUUAAGUUUACCUUGUGUCAAGGGAGCAAUGCCUGCUUUGGGGUGUGUGGAGUGCGGGCUGU